AUACGCCACUGUAUCAUGGAGACAUAGAGUCAUAGAGAUAUACACUAGAGAUAUAUGCUUCCUUUUCCCGUAAACCUUUCCUCUUGUUAUUAAGAACUAUACAUGUUUUGGCGCACUUUGCAGCAAACUUUGUACCCUUGCAAGAUUUGCACACCUGACGGCCGGCCCGGGUAAAAGGUGGAGUGAGGUGUCACUGUUGCACUCAGAUUUCCCUAAUCGUUUUCUACAAUCUCGUAUGGAAAAUUUUCUGUAUUGUACGAUACCGUAUUAUAUGAUGCAAUUAGGAUAGGCAAACACAACCUUUGCGCCUGUCGUAUCAGCAUUUGCAAACACCCGUGAGAUGCGAGCAGAUUGCUGGUUUGGUAAAAUUCUCCCAUUAGGGUCAAUAUUUUAUCAGCAAGGCUAUGGAUGAGGUGGGCAUCAGAAAAUCAAAAGGCUUUGACAACGUAACAUCUACUCUGAAACGGGUCGCGCAAGAUAUCGGGAAUAUAUACCAAACAACGAUGAAUGGGGAUGUUAUCCACGACGCCGACGACGCCGUCGCCUUGGAGAACGGUGCGAUGACGGAGUUUUGUGAUAGCGACGAGGAGAGCAAUAGCGGUAAGCGACGAUGUCCGUCAUGGCUAAACGCGGAGAACAUCCUCCUCUUCCUCUUGAUCUUCUCCGUAAUCAUGGGCUUCGUGCUCGGGUACGUGCUCGGGCUCUUCUUUGACUUCACCCAGGAUCAGAUCAACUACCUAACCUUUCCUGGAACACUUUUCAUGAACAUGCUGAAGAUGAUGAUCGUUCCCCUCAUCGUGUCCAGUCUCAUCAACAGUCUGGCGUCGCUCGACUCGGCGAUGUCGGGUAAGCUGGGGCUCAGGGCGGUGUGUUACUACAUGUUGACUACCUUCAUCGCAGUCAUCCUCGGUAUCAUUCUCGUGGUCUCCAUUCAGCCUGGUAAUCGUGGCGGAGCAGAGAAAGACCCCGAUGGCGAAGAGGAAGAAGUUAAUACAGCCUACGCCUUCAUGGAUCUUAUCUUGAACAUGUUUCCAGAGAACAUCGUUGAGGCAUGCUUUAGAACGUUUAAAACAGCUGCCAUCAAGACAGUGGUGCCAGUUCCUUCUCUGACCACUGGGGACUUCUUCAAUUUAACCUUGAUGUCAGGACUGACCAUUCACCAAUCAAUGGGCUUCAUCAACGGAACCUUACAGACCAUUGGGCAGAAGACCAUGGAUUUCAGGUCAAUGGCCCUUGACGCCAAAACCGUCACCGAUGACAUGGAUAUGUUUCUACAAGAUAUGGACAGUACCUACACGUUCUUGAUGGAAGCCAAAGGCAACAAUUCUGCAUGGAACACAAGUCGAGUGAAUGAUCUUCUUGAAGAUUUCUCAAACCAUAUAGAAGAUCUAAGAGCCGCUGUGGAUGGCCUUCCAUCGACGGGACAGCUGGAUGAAAUGGACAUGACACAGCUGGGUAACAUGACCGGAAUGGUACUGUGGGCAGCGGGUGAAACGGUAACGGACUUGUUAUCAAGCCUAAAGACGCUUGAUAAUGUAGAUAUACCCACCUUAAACGCAACGUCCCAUGCUCUUCACUUGAUCAUUUCUUCCAUGAAUGAUGUGGUGUACAUGGUCGAACCGCUUCAUCUAAGCUCGCUUAUCCAUACAACAAACGCAGAUGUUGUAAGUUUAGUUGAUAUCAUCGCAAUGUUCCAACCUAAUGACAUAGAACUCACCAGAAAGGUUCACAUCAUGAAUGUCAACUUGAUCAACCUUGUCCUAGCCACAAUGCAGGACCUUCAGGGCAGUGACCGCCUUGAGCUCACCCACGUCUCCCAAUCCAUGCAGAAACUGUCCACGAACCUGGUCUACCUGAUGGACAUGACCGAAGACGUGUAUACCUUGGACUUCCUCAACCAGAUCAGCACACUCCUGCAUGACAUGAGUGGCGCCCUCAAACACCUGUCCAUGGUACUAUACUCGCCGCGUACGCUCAAGAUGGACUCGCUUUUGCAGCUCAACCAGAUCAUCGCGCAGAUGAAUGAGGUGGUGAACACCAUGUCUGCAGUUCUAGAAGAGAGUACGGAUUACACUAUCUGGUACAGGGGAAACACCACCGAGACUGUCGAGACUGUCUGGGAAGGAACCUACGUCUACAGUAUGAAUAUCCUUGGGCUUGUCGUCUUCUCCAUCGCUUUCGGGGUCGUCGUUGGUCGCAUGGGUGACGAUGGAAAAGUUGUCAUCAGCUUCUUUUCUGCUACCAAUGAUGCCAUCAUGAAACUGGUCAUGAUCAUUAUGUGGUAUGCUCCUAUCGGUAUCCUCUUUCUCAUCACCGGAAGCAUGGUCGGGGUGGAAGACUGGGCCGAGAUCUUCACUCAGCUAGGUCUUUACAUGGCUACAGUACUAUCUGGACUCGCUAUCCAUGGAAUCAUCAUCCUACCUCUUCUUUACUUUGCCGUCGUCAGGAAAAACCCGUAUAAGUUCCUCAGUGGGGUCACCCAGGCUCUCUUUACAGCUCUAGGGACAUCGUCAAGUUCAGCAACCCUACCAGUAACAACCCGAUGCUUAGAGGAAGGUCUCGGGGUAGAUCCCCGUGUUGUUAGGUUUGUACUUCCGGUCGGUGCGACGAUCAACAUGGACGGCACAGCUCUUUACGAAGGAGUAGCAGCCAUCUUUAUUGCCCAAGUAAACAAUAUUCCACUAAGUUUUGCUGAUCUCGUAACAAUAAGUUUAACUGCGACUUUCGCGAGUAUCGGAGCAGCAGGUAUUCCCCAAGCCGGACUCGUUACCCUCGUCAUCGUCCUAACCGCAGUCGGCCUACCGACAGACGAUGUUGCACUCAUCCUUGCCGUCGAUUUCAUCCUUGAUCGAUUCCGAACGAUGGUUAACGUCGAGGGAGACUCCUACGGUGCCGGGAUCGUCGCGAAGCUUUCGAAGAAAGACCUCGAGAAAACAGACGAGAUGGACGCUCUUGAAAAUGCCGAAGUCACAUUCAACGGAAAGAAAAAUAAGGACAGAAAAGAUAGCGAUGUGCAUGCCUACACAAACGGUACCUAUUCGCAUCACGAUGAAAGUAAUACAGCUCUUUAAUUCAGACUUUAUUCAUUCUAAGAUAACUGCCAUCUUUCUCUUCUGUUGUUGCUGAUCAACGUCAUCGGAGAAGCCACGUACAAUGUAUUGGUCUCAUCGCUGGAUUAUCAUUAUGAUUUCCUGUAUUGAUAAGAACACUUGACUAUGUAGCAUAUAACCAUAUAUUAUACUGAAAUGAUAUAUGAAUAUAUGAUAUAUAAAACAUAUGUUUUGGUUCUUGAUGUGCACAACAGUUUCAUGUUCUUCGCCAAGGAAAAAAAUCGAACUACAUGAACUCAAGUUAGAAUUAUUAUACUUUUUUUUACUAAAAACACAAAUAGAGUCUAUGAUUGCUCAAACAUUGCAAUGCAAACACAAUGCAGACAUAUUCUAUGUUUCCUCAGCUUGAUAUUUUGCUUGUAUUUUUCAAACAACAAUGGAUAGCUGCCACCAAAAUAGUAAUCAAUGUAAAAAAAAUAUUUCAUGAGGCUGAAUGUCCAUUGUAAGCCUCCUUUGAAAAAAAAAUAAUCAUGUAAUAAAAUUAAUACCUUCCAUAUAUCCACUGCAAAUUUGAAUUAGCAAAUAACAUAAAUGUACACCUAAAGUAACAUUUUGAUAUUUUGGUUAGUCUCUUUACCAUCAAAGACAUUAAUUUUUAAGUUGUGUAGCCAUCUUGCAUAUCAAAAAGAUUAAAUUGCAUUUUUCAUUCGGGGGA